AUGACGGUUGCCUCACUCAAAAGAGUCCCUAGCUCUGGAGACUUUGAAUCCGCCUUAAACUAUGUCGCGACCGUCGGAUACGAUGUCGCAUUUCUUCAAGGUGACACUCGACGUGUUCUCGCCGACAACCCGAUAUCCGAGCACAAGGGAGGAGAGCGCUUCGACCCGAGCGUCGCGCCUCUCGGAGCGCUCCGAGCCACCGGCCCGUGGGCGGCGAGAUUGUUGCAGGGUAACGGCACGUUUAUCGAUGAAUUGGCGGGCACCGCGACCUGGUCAGAGUCUCUCGAUCUGCAAGACUCUGCUGGCCGCGUCGCGGAGCUGGUCCGCCACUGGAUGGACGAGGAGCUUCCCGGCGAAGCCGACAUGAUAUCACGCGCGCCCGAGGAACUCUUUCCAAAGUCAGCACCGGCGUCUGAGCAAUUUUAUUCCCUCCGCGACAGCAUUCACUUCUUGCAGCAGUUAUUGCCGGGCUCUCCGACAUGCCGACCGGCGCUGACGCUGUUGAUGGCAUUCUGCAUUGGUGUGGACGAGUUUCUCUGUCCCGUGGCAUCUCUGGAGACGACCGUGUACCUUGGGCGUAGGCUAGGCGAUCUUUGGGACGAGUGCGUCGUCGAGUGCGGCGGAAGAGACGACGCUGCCCACUGGCUGGCCCUCGCUCGGGACGCCCUGCACUCGAGCGUCUUUCUCCAGAACCGCGAGAAGCUGGCCUACGUGGGUCUUGUGGAAAAGGACAAGAACGUCUUCAAUGACUGGGAUACGACGGCACACUACAUGCUCCGCGCCGAGGCCGCCAUGACGCCGUUUGUCGGCUUCUGUCUAUGCGCGUACGCGGGACUGCCCUUUCAGGAUAGCCUCGCGGGCGCUGUCGGUAUUUACUGCUACAACAGCGCCCUCGUGCUGGACUUUUGCAAGCGCGCGACCAGACUCGGCGCCGGCAGCUUCACCGAGGUGGCCCUGGCCGACAAGACGGGCGAGCUCCAGGGACGGGGACACCUGAUUGGGUCGAUUCUCGACUAUGGCGAAAGCGUCCUGCCCCAGCUGUUUCUCUGCGUCCUCCGACCGUACGUCAUGGCCAGCUCGUCCAUGGUUGACGUGCUGGAUCGCUACCGAGAGCGCUCCUGGGGACUCAGGCUGCCGGUGGGAAAAACCACGCUCUGUAUGAUGAUGGCGGUCAUGGAAGGCGUGCGGGGAAGCUUGACCGACGACGGGACGACAUCAUCAUCAUUAUCAUCAUCAUCUUCAUCAUCAUCAUCUUCUUCAUCGCCGCUGCCGGAGCCGGAGCCCUCUGGCACCGCGGAGCUUGCGGCCGAGAUUGUGGAAAUGCUGGGUGCCCAGGAAGCAUACAAUGCCUACCGAGCUCAGCCAUCCGUGGAUGCGCUGUAUAGGCUACCGCGCAUCGUGCGUUUGGUUCUACAGAUGGGUGGUCAGCAAGCAUCAAGUCAACCGCUUCGACAGCCUACCACCACCAACACCAACACCAACGGCGCCGCGACAAGCGUAUCCCGAAAGGCGCCGCAGCCCAGACGAUGGAUGACGUCUCUUGCGACAGCGUGCGCGCCGCCCCUCCCGUCAUCAAAGGACAUGCCCGCCUCGGCAAAGCAGCGUAGCUCGCGCCUUGGCCCUGUGCGCCUACUGGGAACUGUUGACAAGCUGCAGUCUCUGGCGCUGCGCUCGCCCGCGCGUCCCGGCGGAUACGCGGCAGGGCGUCGCGAGUUUACCGGUCGGCCAGUUGGCUCGGGCUCGAGCAUGUAA